AUGUGUGACUUCACCGAGGACCAGACUGCAGAGUUCAAGGAGGCCUUCCAGCUGUUUGACCAAACAGGUGAUGGCAAGAUCCUGUACAACCAAUAUGGGGAUGUGAUGAGGGCACUGGGUCAGAACCCCACCAACACUGAGGUGCUCAAGGUUCUGUGGAACCCCAAGAGUAAUGAGAUGAACGUGAAGGUGCUAGACUUUGAGUACCUUCUGCCCAUACUGCAGACGGUGGCCAAGAACAAGGACCAGGGCACCUGUGAAGAUUAUGUAGAAGGACUUCAGGUGUUUGACAAGGAAGUAAAUGGCACCAUCAUGGGUGUUGAAUUCUGGCUUGUUCUUGUCACACUGGGUGAGAAGAUAACAGAGGAAGAGGUAGAGGUGCUGGUGGCAGGGAAUGAGGGCAGCAAUUGUUGUAUCGACUAUGAAGCAUUUGUGAGGCACAUCCUGUCGGGGUGACAGGCCCAUGGGGCAGCUCAUCCUUACGGUGCUGAAUGACUGAGGACCUUCCCAGUCUCCCAUAGCCCACGUCUCCCCCUGGUGAGAUUUUCUAUCUAUCCUGAAGGCUUCCUAGGUUCUCUUAUCACAGUGCCUUUCCCGUGUUGUCUUUCUUGGAUAUUUACCAUUAGCAUUCACCAAAUA